CCAAUCAACGCCAAACGAGCUGCGCCUUGUUCACCAAAGCCUCGUCAACAUCGAAAGAAGGCAGAUCACCCUAGCAGUACCGAUGCCCUCAUGAUUCUUGCCACAGUCAGCAAGGAAAAGUUGGCUGCUAAGGAGUCCGAUCGUCAGGAAGCUAUUAGGACUAGGGAAGAACGUCAAGCUAAAAUCGAUAUGAUGAAUUAUGAACGGGAUAUUCAACUUGAGAAGAUGCGAAAUGAAAGAAAAGCUGAAGCAGAGGCCAAUGCACUGGAGCGCCUUCGAUUUAACGAAAGUCGCAUUCAGGCAAAGGUGGAGAAGUAUCCAAACCAAGUUAAGGCGAUGGAGACGUUUCGAUCAGAAGUAAAAGACAAUAUCUCACACGGAGCUGACAAAAUGAGAGCAGCUAUCAUUUUAAACGUUGAGGAAAAAGCUUUUUUCUUCAACCAACUACCUGAUGAUAUGAGAUGGGAAUGGCUCAAGAGUGAAAUUGCUAGCAGUUAGAUUUAUAAAUUUGUACCUAGGAUAAUUUGUGGUCUAGUAUAAUGAAUAUCAAAGUAUGUUUCAUGAAAUCAAAAACAUUAAAAUACUAUUUGAUCUAUUUGAAUCC